AACGUUACAUCUCUCACUGGAAACCCAAGAAAAUGUACGAUGGCGCCAAGAAAGCCUCAGUCUCCGCUCUCAAUGCCAAUAGGAAAUUGUGAGGUUUUGAUAAAUGCAAAUAACUUCACUUGCAAAUCUGACCACCCAAAUACCCUCCAAAUCUCGCUUUCCAAGACUGCAAAAAUCAUUAUAUCAGUGAGAGAAGACGUAAAUUCAAAGUCCAGUGAUUAUAUAUGUCACAGAAAAUCUGAGGAAACUGGGGAGGAUUAUAUGUUUGUGCUAAUUAAUCCUAAGAAUGCCAAUGCCAAUGAGAAAUCCUACCUACAGGAUGUAUUGAAGAUAUACACAAGAGAGCUCCCCACGAUGAAUUAUGCUGCAAAUACUGGAAAGCAAUCAAUGUUCCUUGAAAAAAGUGUACUGAACGGGAAAUAUUGUACGCUGCUUAUGAAAUCCAAAUCCACAGAACGUUAUGAAGGGGCUGUUGCUGCAAUUACCUAUCAAAUUGUUCCUGCUGACACACAGUAUGCUGAGAUCCCCCUAGCUGCUGUUAGUUCAGUCUACCAACAUAAGGGAUUUGGUCACUUCUUGUAUAUGGAAUUGAGGAAGAGACUUCAGAGUGUUGGUAUACGCACAAUAAUUUGUUGGGGGGAUAAGGAAUCUGAAGGUUUUUGGCUUAAACAGGGUUUUCAAUCUAUAGCGGAGGUAGACAGAAAGGGUAGAGCUCGCAGUUUGCCCAUUAAGGCUGAUGUUCGUAAAGCAUUAUCCUUUCCUGGUGGUUCAACCCUCAUGAUCUCUCAUCUUGAUAAGGAUCCUUCAGCAAACAUUCCAGAUUCUCUAAAUUUCUGUAUACCAUUGAAGCCUUGUGGGGAGUCUUCAUUCUUGUCUAUUAAUAGAUCUUUAGAGCCUGAGAUCAAUGGAGAGUAUAACAAGUUACCAGUGUCACUUGAUCAAAUCACUUCCACUGCAAAAAGUUGUCAACCUGAGCAGUCGGUAAAAGAUGGGUUUCCAAGAGAAAAUACCAGGUUUGCUGGUUUUUCUGUGAGUUUGGACUCAAUGCCUAGUUGUGGGGACCAAACUACUUUUGAGCAAGCACUCUGCAGCUACAUGGACCUUGAUGCCUCCAAGAUUGAGGCUGAAACUGAUGCUACACACUGUACUUGCUCUGCAAAACGUGCAAAGAGGAGGUUUUGGGAAGCCUCAAUGUCUUCGCUAAAGUCCAAAAAAGUUAAAGGAAGUCAUCAUGUUGAUUGUCAACUAGAUUCUAAUUCUGAUUUAGUUUCAAAAUGUGAUGAAGCCUUGGUAAUUUCAGGAAGUAAAUCUUUGGUUGAUGUUACUACUAGUGAUCCUUUGACUACUAGUUGCAUAAAAACUAGUGCAAAAGAUGCAGCUGUAUGUACUUUAGCAGGUCUCGUUGGUAAAGAAAUUUUGUCUAAGGGAGAAUGCUUCAGAAUCAUGUUGAUGAAUAUUGCUGACAAUUAUAAGAAAAUGCACCUCACAAAGGUAAUUGAAAACUUGGGCGGUGUUGUUACCAGUGAUGGAAUUUUAAGUUCACAUGUUGUCACUGGAAAAGUGAGAAAGACCCUGAAUUUCUGCACUGCUCUAUGUUCCGGAGCAUGGAUAGUCUCACCCAGUUGGUUAAAACAAAGCUUUAGAGAAGGAAGAUUUGUAGAUGAAGUAUCCUAUGUAUUAAAUGAUGAAGAGUAUGAGUUAAAGCACCGAAGUGAGUUGAGAACUGCAGUUCUUAGAGCUAAAGCAAGGCCAGGAAGUUUAUUUAAAGGAUAUAAUAUAAGCUUGGCUGCUCAUGUUGAACCCCCUGUCAAAAUUCUAUCUGCCAUCAUCAAGUCUGCUGGUGGAGAAGUUAUCAGUGGAUUGGAAAAUGCGAAGGAAACAUCAAAAACGAUAUUCAUUACAAGUGAGGAAGACAUGGAAGAAGCAUUAACAGCUGUAAAGAAAGGAAUAUGGACUUUCAGCAGUGAGUGGUUGAUGAAUUGUAUAAUGAGGCAAGAGCUUGAUUUUGAAGCUCCCCAGUUUGCACAAUCUUUGUAACUUUAACUUCACUUUCUAGAA